CCCAACGGGUGGGUUCUGGGGGCGGGGUUCUGUGAGGGGCGGGGAAAGGGCAGGGUGCGGGGAGGGCGUUGCAGAAGGAGCCGUGCGGCUGCUGCUCAAUGGCGGAAAAGCCACCGGUCUUCUGACUGUUUGGUCCCCCUGGCACUUGCGGGGGAGUUUCCUGCCGGUGCGGCUGGAGUCUCUGUUUCUCAGUGUUCGGUGGCUGGAAGAUGCUCCAGAGAGACGAGGCUGCGGCGGAGGAGGUGGCGGUGGCCGAGUCGGCAGCGGCGCUGGGGUGGAGAGAAGGCGGCAGCGGUGGCGGCGGUGGUGUGAGGGGCCGGGCGGCGUAAACAGCCCCGGAGCCCGCGGAGGCGGUGGCCGAAAUCUCGAGGGCAAAGCGGCCGCUGAGGCAGGGUCGCGCCUCCGGUGGAAGCCCGGGCUGAGUGCAGCGGGGGACUCAGCGCGGGCGCGAGCGAGACGCCCGAAACGUCGCCUCUUUCCCUCGCCCCAGGUUCAUUACUAAAAAUGGGUGCAUUUUUGGAUAAACCCAAAACUGACAAACAUAAUGCUCAUGGUGCUGGGAAUGGCUUACGCUAUGGCCUGAGCAGUAUGCAAGGAUGGAGAGUGGAAAUGGAAGAUGCACACACAGCUGUUGUAGGUAUUCCUCAUGGCUUGGAAGACUGGUCGUUUUUUGCAGUUUAUGAUGGUCAUGCUGGAUCCCGAGUGGCAAAUUAUUGCUCAACACAUUUGUUAGAACAUAUCACUACCAAUGAAGACUUUCGGGCAGUGGGCAAACCAGGACCUGCUCAGGAACCUUCAGUGGAAAAUGUCAAGAAUGGUAUCAGAACUGGCUUUUUGAAAAUUGAUGAAUAUAUGCGUAACUUUUCAGAUCUCAGAAACGGGAUGGACAGAAGUGGUUCAACUGCAGUGGGAGUUAUGAUUUCACCUACACAUAUCUACUUUAUCAACUGUGGUGAUUCACGUGCUGUUCUGUAUAGGAAUGGACAAGUCUGCUUUUCUACGCAGGAUCACAAACCUUGUAAUCCAAGAGAAAAGGAGAGAAUCCAAAAUGCAGGAGGCAGCGUAAUGAUACAGCGUGUUAAUGGUUCAUUAGCAGUGUCUCGUGCUCUGGGGGACUAUGAUUACAAGUGUGUUGAUGGCAAAGGCCCAACAGAGCAACUUGUUUCUCCAGAGCCUGAGGUUUAUGAAAUUUUAAGAGAAGAGGAUGAAUUUAUCAUCUUGGCUUGUGAUGGGAUCUGGGAUGUUAUGAGUAAUGAGGAGCUCUGUGAAUUUGUUAAAUCUAGGCUUGAGGUAUCUGAUGACCUGGAAAAUGUGUGCAAUUGGGUAGUGGACACUUGUUUACAUAAGGGGAGUCGAGAUAACAUGAGUAUUGUAUUAGUUUGCUUUCCAAAUGCUCCUAAGGUCUCAGAUGAAGCAGUGAAAAGAGAUUCAGAAUUGGAUAAACACUUGGAAUCAAGGGUUGAAGAAAUUAUGGAGAAGUCUGGUGAGGAAGGAAUGCCUGAUCUUGCCCAUGUCAUGCGCAUUUUGUCUGCAGAAAAUAUCCCAAAUUUACCUCCUGGGGGAGGUCUUGCUAGCAAGCGCAAUAUUAUCGAAGCUGUUUAUAGUAGACUGAAUCCAAAUACAGAAAGUGAUGGGGGUGCUGGAGAUCUAGAAGACUCAUGGUAGCCUUAUAAACCUUCUAAAAUGCUUUUGAUUCUGAAAAUUUGGGGAAAAACUUUUAAUCACAAUUUUCUUCAAUCCAAGGGGAAAAUAUUCUGUGGAUUCCCAACGUUUUAUGAUAUGAGCAGAAAAUCAUUAGCAUUUCCCGUCACUUGUUCAUAUCUGUGUUUUUGGUAAUUGCCACUCGUAGCAUUGCCUGCACCUACAGUAUUGUUUGCUAACCUCAGGCACACUGGUUAAACCUGUAUUGAACUUUUGGCCCUAAAAACCAAUGGAAUUCUUUUACCACAAAUCAACAUGUGCCUGAGGUGCAUGAGAAUAUAGUUAGCUACACUCUGACAAUAACAUUAUGGUUUUUAUUUUAUUUUAUUUUUUGUUUUUUUUACAAAAAAACAGAACAACACAACAUAUUAGCAUGUAAAAGUAAACAAUUGUAUGAUGUGUUCCUUUUUUAAUUCAACAAGUUGGAAGCCUUUUGCAAUUCUAUGACUUGGAAUUUCAUUUGAGCAAUUUGCUAUAGGAUAUGUAUUUAUUACUAAUUGUUAUUUAAUUUUUCCCCCUACCUGUAUUACCAAAUUGGGUUUUCCAAUAAUGUCCAAAUUGUAAUGUUGCCUUGCUUAAAGAUAAAGUAAAUGUAUUUGGCAAUAAUAUAAACCCUUAGAAAUUUUAUGCAUGUGUCUACUACAUACUUCAGUUCCUUCUAGAAAAUCUUUUGAAACCAAAUGGGUUAAUUUAUGGCUAUUUAUAAUUUGCUUUGACAUCUCCCUGCUGAGAAUUCUUUUAAAUGAUGAGAUUUGACUUUAUAAUGUAAAUUGUGAUUUUUGUUUUUCAUGUGGGUUUCUAUAGUUUUAAUUUUUUCAGCUUUUAAGAUACAGCAAGUUUUAUGUAAUUUGGUAUAAUUUUUAACUAUUUAUGUUAUUUUAAAAGCUCAGAAUAUCACACUGAAGUUACUAUAAAUACAUUUAAAAUAAUCUAUUUUAGAUCUAAGGAAAUAUUACAGAGAUAUUUUCAUGGGCUCAAUAACCUUUCAUUUUAUAACAUUGGGCACGGUACAGAGUGGCUGUCACAUAAGGUACUUGAAGAUAAUUUAGUUUAAUUCUAUUUUUACAAUAACCUUGAAUUCUUGAACUCUCCUGGGUGUUGCAUGUGUUAAGUCCAGUUAAUGCUGAACAUGGAAGAGUAAAGUAUUUAAAAGAAGUUAAGGGAUAGGAAAAGUUAUGAAUGUAUCCAUUUGUACAUGAUUUACAUGUUGUGGAUGCUUUGUAAACAUUUUCAUAUAUGUUUAAAUUGUGUUUCAGCAGGUUGUAAUUGCCCUUGUGCGUAGUUAAAAUGAGUCAUCACCUGGUCCUGUGUGAAAUGGAAUACAUGGUAUUUUCUGUAACAUUUUCCUGAAGCUGUUCUGGAGAGCCACACUUUUGAAUACAGACAGCUUUCCUGAUCACUUGAUUUAUUGUGCACCUGAUUUUUGGUCUAAAAGGAAUUACUGCCACAAUAUAUUUUAUUUAUUCUUUAGAUUUUAGCUUUGUAAGUUAAAGUACUUUACAUGAUGGUGUUAAAAGCUAUUUGUCCCUUUCCCUGGUUUGAAGGGUUGUUAAAAGAUAGGGAAUGAGGAAUGCAAAUGGUUUAUUGUUCAAGCUGUCCACUCUGAUCCAACCCUGUACUGAGUACUGAUAGUACCUUUCCAGUAUGAUAUUGUGAUGUUUCAUACAAUGCAGUGAACAUAACCAACUUAUUACCUAAAUAAAAAGAUGAUUUUAAAAACAGUG